CAUCGUCGUUCACAAUUGCAAAGCGUGGUAGACUGAAGCCGCCUUCAUAUCCUCCGGGAACAUUUCGCCUCUCCACUGGCGACGAGGAAUCUUCUUUCGCCCUUCUCUUAACAAGCAGCUGAAGAUUUGCUUGCGCCCAUGGCUGCUUCUACUGCUGCUUUGACUUCUACGCCGUUAUUAAGCAACAAGAAGGAUGUGGACCUCGCUGCUUUUUCUCCGUCGCUGCCGUUUUCGUUUCGGAGAUGCGAGAGAACGGUAUCUAAGAAAAUCUGUUCGGUCAUGACACCACAGCAAUCGGAGCGCAAGCCCAGCGCCAGUGGCUCGGUCAAAACGGCCAUGACUAUGACAGAGAAGAUUUUUGCUAAAGCUUCUGAAAAAUCUCAGUUGAGCCCGGGUGAAAAUGUUUGGGUUAAUGUGGACGUUUUAAUGACUCACGAUGUCUGUGGCCCUGGUUCUAUCGGAAUUUUCAAAAAGGAGUUCGGUGAGAAUGCAAAGGUUUGGGAUCGAGAAAAAGUUGUGAUUAUACCUGACCAUUACAUAUUCACCAGUGAUGAACGUGCUAACCGUAAUGUAGACAUUCUGAGGGAUUUCUCUUUAGAACAGAAUAUCAAGUACUUUUACGAUAUUAAGGAUCUUAGCAAUUUCAAGGUGAACCCAGAUUACAAAGGUGUCUGCCAUGUUGCUCUAGCUCAAGAAGGUCACUGCAGGCCUGGGGAGGUUCUGCUUGGUACAGACUCUCAUACCUGUACAGCUGGUGCAUUUGGUCAAUUUGCUAGUGGAAUUGGUAACACUGAUGCUGGAUUUGUACUGGGCACUGGAAAAUCACUGCUCAAGGUUCCCCCGACUCUAAGAUUUGUAAUGGAUGGAGAAAUGCCUGAUUAUUUACUUGCAAAGGACUUGAUUUUGCAAAUUAUUGGUGAAAUAUCAGUAUCUGGUGCGACUUAUAAAGCCAUGGAAUUUGUCGGCACAACUAUUGAAAGUUUAACUAUGGAAGAGAGAAUGACAUUGUGCAACAUGGUUGUUGAAGCUGGAGGAAAGAAUGGAGUUAUUCCUCCUGAUAGUACUACGUUCAAGUACCUUGAGGAUAAGACAUCCAAAGCCUAUGAACCAGUUUACAGUGAUGGGAACGCAAGAUUUCUUUCAGAGUACAGAUUUGAUGUAUCAAAACUGGAGCCUGUGGUAGCUAAGCCCCAUUCUCCAGAUAAUCGUGCUUUAGCAAGGGAAUGUAAAGAUGUGAAAAUUGAUAGAGUAUAUGUCGGAUCUUGUACUGGGGGAAAGACGGAGGAUUUUCUGGCUUUGGCUAAAGUUUUUCAUGCUGCAGGAAAGAAGGUUAAAGUUCCUACAUUUAUUGUCCCCGCCACCCAAAAGGUUUGGAUGGACUUAUAUGGUAUCCCAGUACCUGGAGCUGGUGGUAAAACUUGCUCUCAGAUAUUUGAGGAAGCGGGCUGUGAUACACCGGCAAGUCCUGGUUGUGCUGCUUGUUUAGGUGGACCUAGGGAUACUUACGCAAGGAUGAAUGAACCACAGGUUUGUAUUUCAACAACGAACAGGAACUUCCCAGGUAGAAUGGGACACAAGGAGGGACAGAUAUACCUUGCUUCUCCAUAUACGGCUGCAGCUUCAGCUUUGACUGGAUAUGUAACUGAUCCAAGAGAGUUCUUGCAGUAGAUCCACAGAAUUGGAGAUAAUAUACUGUAUGUUCCAUGUAUUAUUUGAACUGAAAUCAAGUUUCAUCUCGUCAUGUUUGUAUCUGCUUAGAGCCUUGUAACCAGUAGAUUAUCCCUCGUUUGAAGUUCUAUUGAGAUUUUGGUCUGUUUGGAUUUGAAAGAAUUGGCUAUGAAUUUACUUUGAAAUGAAUGUUUAUAAUAAUAAUAAUAAUAAUUUAAGCACUA